AUGUCCCACAAGAAGCGGGUGUACCCAACGGCUCAAUUGCAGUACGGACAGACUAACAUUUACGAACAACAUGGAGUCCCUCAGGAUGCGGGGGCUCCACAGGGUCAACCACUACAAUCAGAUAUCCCCUACAUGAACGCACAACCAGGUGUCAUACCGGGCCAGGGUGCUCCCAUGAUGAUGGAUAAUGGUGCUAUGCCCCAGCAACAAAUGUUUACCCCGGCUCAACAACAAUUGAAUCAACAAAUUGAUCAAACUACUGCCGCAAUGGGGAACAUGCAAUUCAAUCCAGCUGCUAAUGAAUCAAACAUGUACUAUCAGCAACCAUUACCACAACAGCAACAGCAACAACAACAACAGCAGGGUCCUGCUAAACCACCAAAACCAAUGAAUCAAUUGUAUCCAAUCGAUUUAUUGGUCGCGUUCCCACCACCAAUUUCUGAUUUAUCAUUACCACCACCACCAAUACUAUUCCCCUUGGAUACCAUCCCGGUACCUUCUGAGGAUGCAUUGGCUCCAAGCAAUUAUAUUAGAUCCACUUUGAACGCGGUCCCCAAGAGUAAUUCUUUGUUGAAAAAAACAAAGUUACCAUUUAGUUUGGUUAUUACUCCGUAUCAACAUUUACAUGACGAUAUUAACCCACCACCAUUAAAUGAAGAUGGAACCAUUGUUCGUUGUCGUCGUUGUCGUUCAUAUAUGAACCCAUUUGUUCAUUUCAAUCAGGAUGGAAGAAGAUGGAAAUGUAAUAUCUGUAAUCUAUUUAAUGAAGUCCCCAGUUUCUUGGAUAGAAUGCCCAAUGAUACCAUGUCAAAUAGAUACAUGAGAAACGAAUUAAGAUACUCUGUUGUGGAAUAUUUGGCUCCAAAGGAAUAUUCUUUAAGACAACCACCUCCAUCCACAUACACUUUUAUCAUUGAUGUAUCUCAAAAUGCAAUGAAAAAUGGGUUAUUGGGAACAACAACAAGAACCUUAUUGGAUAAUUUGGAUUCUUUGCCAAAUCAUGAUGGAAGAACAAGAAUCUCUAUAUUAUGUGUGGAUAAUGGUCUUCAUUAUUUCGCAAUCCCAUCUGAUGAUCAAGAGGGGCAACAAGUGGAAAUGAUGGACGUUUGUGAUUUGGAUGACGCUUUCAUUCCAAGACCUGAUUCCAUGGUGGUUAAUUUGGUACAAUGUAGAAAUAAUAUUGAAACACUUUUGACCAAGAUCCCACAAAUUUUCCAAAAUAAUAUUAUUAAUAAAUUCGCAUUGGGUCCAGCUUUACAAGCUGCAUAUAAUUUAACACGUAAUGAAGGGGGUAAGAUUAUUGUUGUCUCCGCUACAUUACCAAAUAUUGGUGUGGGUCAAUUAAAGAAAAGAGUGGAAGAAGCUAAUGUCGGGACACCAAAGGAAUCACAACAAUUAUUAACUUGUCAAGAUCCAUUCUAUAAGACUUUUACCAUUCAAUGUAAUAAAGUACAAAUCUCCAUUGAUAUGUUUUUAGCAUCUGAAGAAUAUAUGGAUGUGGCUACCUUAGCCAAUUUGGGUCAUUUCUCUGGUGGUCAAACUCAUUUCUACCCUGGAUUUUCUGCACAAAGAAUUACUGAUGCUACUAAAUUCUCCAUGGAAUUUGCCAAACAUCUUUCCAUGGAUACAUCCAACGAAGUCGUCAUGAGAGCUCGUGGAUCCACUGGUAUUAGAACAACUGGAUUCCAUGGUCAUUUCUUUAAUAGAUCUUCUGAUUUAUGUGCCUUCUCCAUAAUGAAUAGAGAUCAAUCAUAUGUCUUUGACAUUACAUUAGAUGAAAAUAUCGCUGCAGAAUAUUGUUAUGUUCAAGUGGCUAUCUUAUUAUCAUUAAAUACAAGUCAACGUAGAAUUAGAGUCAUCACUUUGGCAUUACCAACAACAGAUUCCAUCGCUGAAGUUUAUGCAUCAGUGGAUCAAUUGGCUGUUACCGCAGCAUUUACACAAAAGGCAAUCGAUAAGGCUCAAGAUACAAGUUUAGAAGAGGCAAGAAGAUUUAUAAAUCAAUCAGUGGAAGAUGUGUUAACUACAUAUAAGAAGGAACUUGUGGUACAAAAUACAGGUGCCGGAGGUAUGCCAUUAAGAUUAUGUGCCAAUAUGAAGAUUUUCCCCUUAUUAAUGCACGCAUUAACUAAAAAUUUGGCAUUUAGACCAGGUAGAGUACCAAGUGAUCAUAGAGCUGCUGCAUUAAAUUACAUGGAAUCUGUCCCAUUGAAAUAUUUAUUAAAAUGUAUUUAUCCAACAAUUUAUUCAUUACAUGAUAUGCCAGAUGAAGUAGGUCUUCCUGAUGAAAAUAAUGAAAUAAUAUUGCCUGAACCAAUAAAUGCCUCAUAUAGUUCUUUUGAAACUUAUGGAUUAUAUUUAAUCGAUAAUGGAAUCGAUUUAUUCCUAUGGAUGGGUGGUGAAGCCUUACCUCAAUUAGUAGAGGAUGCAUUUGGUGUUCCAAAUAUCUUGGAAAUGCCUAUUGGUAAACAAGAAGUCCCAGUGGUCCCUGAAUCACCAUUUAAUGAAAGAAUUAGAAACAUUAUUAAUAGAUUGAGAAAUCAUGAUGACGUUAUCACCUACCAAUCGUUGUAUAUCUUAAGAAGUGCCUCCAAUAGUGAUCCAGUACAGGCAAAUGCUAAGGAACUUUCUUCAUUGAGAAUGUGGGCUUCUACUCAUUUGGUGGAAGAUAAAAUCAUGGGUAGUGAAGGUUACCGUGACUUCUUACAAAUGAUGAAGAAUAAGACUUCGAAAUAA